GACGAGAGCAUUGUUGUAGACGUUUCCGGUUCGAUAUGAUUAAUUUGACUAGAUCGGUGCCGUGGUCUAUCUUGCCUAUCUCGUCGGUUUCGAUGUUGUGAUGCUUCCAAUUUUCCUGAUACUGUUAUUAGUUUGUCACUGUCUAUCGCAUUCGCAUACUAAUUUCCCCGUACUAGAAUGAAUGAAGAUAGAACCGUUCCUGCUGACCGACGGCUAACCGACCUGACGACGGGCCCCAUAGGCGUUGACUAAAUUGAUCACUAUGCUUGAUAGGUUUUCUUCUUUUCUCUUCUGUAGUUAGGACUCGAUCGAUCCACUGGGAAUUCAAGGUCGAUACAACUGCCACAGCAAAAAAUCUUGGUGUACUCUCUUAAAAACAUACUUGAGAUACUCUUUUAUUGGAAAUCUUAUUCAAGUACUAGAACUAGUGUAUAAAUAAGAAUAGCUUCUAUUUGUGUCUGACCAUCAAGUCGUCGCGACUACUAGACUACUUUUUUGGAGAUUUACUACGAACACAGAAAGAGCGCACAAAGUAUUGAUAUCAUCAUAAGUAGUUGGAUUAACUUUUACCACGACACUCUUACCUGUAAGAUGUACUUUGUGACUUAGUUACCUCACUGACUCUCACAAAACAAGAUCACUGCGAAGAAGAAGAAGCUGCGCAUGAAAUGCUAUUGGAUUACUUAAAAAUCAUAAUCAAUGCUUAACUUUUGAAGAUUCAUCUAACAGAGUUAGACACUCUGUCUUUGAGGAUUCCAACACCAUCCAGAAAAAGACUCUACUGCGUCAAUGUCUUGCAUUUUCGAUCACCUCUCUUACCUCGUUAUGAAUCUAUAGGAGUUAAUAGCUACUCAGUGCAAACUAUUUUUUGAAACUACAACAAACAUAAUCUUCACGCAAUUAAUAUGAUAAGUCGAGGAUGUCAUAUAAUUUGUUUUGACAGAAUAAUGUGGAGAGUACAUCAACAAACCGAUAAGCAUGAGAAAGUGUCGUGGCCAACAUGUCAUCUAGCAACGUUUCAUCUAGCAUCACUGAAAUUCAUUCUCUGGCUUCUCCGGAUGAUACGUGCUGCAAUCGAACAGAUGCAAUCAAUUUCUUUCUUUGAAGUGAAAUAGUUUCUAACAUAAGGACAUCUAUGUGUUGGAGGACUCGUGGCCUGCGACGAGGGAUACACGUACGAAGUGGAUAUCUGUGAAAACUAUAGCGAAGUACCUAACGAAUAAGGAUCGUGAAGGUAAAGUGUUUGAAGAAGUUGACGUCUUUUCUGCUCUGCUCGAUGACCUUAAAUCUGGGUCCGUGAGGGUCUUUUGGACAACACACUGGGAAGAGGAAGUAAAGUACGAGUACAUUUCCCAUAUUGCGUUAGCGAGGAGAUAAAGCACAUACUGAAAAAGAAAACUAAGAAACACAAAAAUAAAAAAAGAGAAGUUUCCAUUUAGAUAGUUGAGAGUGGACAAGAAGGACAUGAUGGAGUUUGCGAAAGCUGCGAAGCUUGAGCGACCUAUCACGUUCAAGCAGUAUCUUCGUCUGAAAGUUUGUAAACAUGUCAAGCGUCUCCGCCAGUAUACUAAGUUCGCAGGCGAAGUGGUGAAGUAUUUGAAACGCGACCUUCCAGCUCGCCAAAAAAAAGAGAACCUCUCUGACCACGCGAUGAUUGGCAUCUAUGCCUCUGCGGUGAAAGACGUCGUUGGUGACAUCGUAGGUAACAUGGGGGAUUGGUCGCCUCUGACAAGUAUCACACGCUGUCAGUCAUCAAAGAAUGUAGUGCCUGUGGGUAUUCUGAAGUUCUUUGAAAGAGAGGAGUCUGUCGUUAAUGAGAUGCUUCGUUUUGUCUUCAAAGUGGAAGAAUUGAUAAGUGAAACAGGGUGGCCAAUCCAGGCUGAGCUUAGACUCUCGGGCGAAGACGGGGCGAAAGUCUUUGAAGAGUUGCGUCUGUAUGUUUGCUCAGGUCUUAGCGCGCAUAAGCACGAUUUCAACUACUCUACUGACAGGGCAGAAGAACUGUUGACUUUUGGUGCGAAGCUUUCGUUGGCGCAGGUUGGCAUCGGGCCCUUCGAUCGUGAAGUGGACCGCCGCCUCGCGUCAGCGCUCAAGCUGGCCACCUCCUUGUGUGAAAAAUGGCAAAACGCUUUGGCAGCAUACAACCACGCAAGUAGGGAGUUCGCUUCUAACUUUAUGUUCUUCACACAAGUAGAAAAAUUGCAAGAGAAGUGUGAAGGGCAUAACCAGGCUGAAUACGUUCUUGUGCUGAUCGAAAGGAGUAAGAAACGUUUAGAAGAAUUAGAAUCUACUAAAGCUGGCCAGGGAGAAUUGAGCUUUUUGUUAGAGAUCAUGGGUAGAGAAGAAGAGAUGAGGAAUGUUGAAUCCGUGUUUACCCUUGGGGCGAUUUUGAAACAACACAGUCAAGAAAUGGGGGAUCGCGUGAGAGAUCUACGCCCAAGGUUCAGCUAUUUCACCAAGGAACAUUUAAGGAAUGAAAAAGGAACAAUUGGAAAAUGUUUGUGCGAGUUUUCGGAUAGUCUCACCCAAUCAGGGAUCCUUCUCGUUAAGACGUUCAGACUUCGUAACCGGCACUGCUAUCGCCCAUAG